GUCAUUCUAUAAACAAAAACGAACGAACGAGUAUUUAAAUUUUAAAAAACAUGUCUUUGAAACAAUCCACAGAAGUCGACCCAAUAAAGAAUGAAAGGACGGGCAACGUGCGAGAAGUUGGCUCGCAAGCAAUAUGGAGUUUGUCGUCGUGCAAGCCCGGCUUCGGGGUUGAUCAGUUGCGAGAUGAUCGGGCGGAUACCUAUUGGCAGUCAGACGGACAGUUGCCCCACCUGGUCAACAUCCAGUUCCAAAGAAAGACCACAGUUAGUGACAUGUACAUUUACACGGACUACAAAUUGGAUGAGAGCUACACGCCAAGCCGUAUAUCAAUAAGAGUUGGUACACAUUUCAAUGACCUGCAAGAGAUUGAGUUGGUUAUGUUAACCGAACCAUCUGGUUGGGUGCAUGUUCCCAUUAAAGAUAUAAGAGAUAGGCCAAUCAGAGUGUUCAUGAUACAAAUAGCUGUGACAAGCAACCAUCAGAAUGGAAGGGACACACACAUGAGGCAAAUCAAAAUUCACAGCCCAAUUGACAAUCCUACUAUUCAACUGGAUAACUUUUUGAACUUCUCCACCGUAGAGUUUCAACAGUUCGCUACAAUUAGAUGAAAUUAUACUGCCUGUAAACUGUUUUCAUAAGUGUAAAUAUUUUUUGAAAUUCUGUAUAUAAUAAAACGUGUAAUUCAACAAUAAAUUAAAUCAUAAGACUGUAA